AUGUUUCCUCUUUUGUUUCGAAUUUGCUUGCAGCACAAGCUAUCGAUUCCUAUCAUUCUUUUUGGGGAACGUUUGUUUCUGCAGUUACUUCUUACGGUACUAAAGGAAGAGGCACAAACGGAUUUGAGAUUAAUCCCUCUAAUCAAGUCUUCGAGUACAUGGUUUUUGACAGAACUCAAAUCAAGAGCAUACUCUCUCCUAUGCGUAGAGGAGCAAACAUACGUCAAUUGUCCCGGUUCGAAUUUCUUCCAUCCUUGGUCCAACGCCCCUGAGUCUUAUGCAAUAGACGCAUCUGAAACCUUUUUUUCUAGCUUUCCUCCUGCUCCGCUUUCGGUAAUCUCAUCAUCAUCUCUUUAUUACAUGAUUUUUAUGGAGGAUGAAGUUCAGCAUUUGGGGCCGUUCUUCCAGAAACGAUAG